UUCAAAGCGACGACUUCCGGUUUCUCUCAGGACAUGUUUCAUUGUACGAUGUACAUUGUUGAAAUGAGCUCGACUGUUGCUCGGUAGUUCGCAGCGCAUCAGAUCUGCAGUUUCCGCGGGACACGUUCGGUUCUGCGCGCGGGACCGAGUUCGGCUGCUCUAGUGGUGAAGUCGCGGGAUCUUUAGCGAAGUGUUGCGGAGAUUCUCCGUUCGCGGCGCGUUCAUCUCCUCAGAGCGUUUCGAGUUCGGCUUUAAGCUGCGGUUGAAGUCGCCUGCGCGCCGCUUCUGCCUGUUAGUACCCGGUAUGAACGGGUUCAGCACGGAAGAGGACAGCCACGACGGCCCGCCCGCCCCGCCGUUCUUCGGGCAGAGCUGCUGUCUGAUCGAGGACGGAGAGCGCUGCGGCCGCGCGGCUGGAAACGCCUCCUUCAGCAAGCGCAUCCAGAAGAGCAUUUCUCAGAGGAAACUCAAGCUGGACAUCGACAAGAGUGUUCGGCAUUUGUACAUCUGUGACUUCCACAAGAACUUCAUCCAGAGCGUCCGCAACAAACGCAAGAGGAAGACCAGCGAUGACGGCGGAGAGUCACCUGAUCAUGAUGUCGAAGUCCCAGAGGUGGAUCUGUUCCAGCUGCAGGUCAACACACUGAGACGCUACAAGAGGCACUACAAAAUCCAGACCAGACCUGGACUCAACAAAGCCCAGCUAGCAGAGACUGUGAGCCGUCACUUCCGGAAUAUUCCAGUCAAUGAAAAGGAAACGCUCACAUACUUUAUUUAUAUGGUGAAGAGCAGUAAAAGCCGGCUGGACCAGAAAUCAGAGGGGAGCAAACAAGUGGAAUAAAGUCCCUCGCUCGCAGCGGCCCGAUACACGCGUCUCAACUCGGCCAAACGUCAUUAUUUAUGACCUGCAGAUGUUAGCUGGCUUUAAAAUUCCUGUUUGAAUGCUUACUGUGCAGACGUUGUGUGUUUGUACAUAUGUCCAACAUCAGGUGACAUAUGGGAGUCACUGCAAUCAAGUGCGGAGGAUGAUGAUGAUGGGUAACGACUUCAACUUCUGUGCCAAACCGCAAAGUACCACCAAUAAACCACCGCCGGUUGAGUGACGACACAUCUGAUGUUCAAAUAUCACAGUGAGGACCUGAAUGAAACCAUGAUAGACACUGAAUGACUGCAGAUUUGAGCUCUGUGUCCAAUGUUUUGUGGUGUUCACACUCAUACUAAUGCAAAAAACUCCCAGAACAGCCGGAGCGUUUCCUUCGUACUGCGAUUUAUGAUUUUUUUUUUUUUUAUUUGUUUCUUUGUUUGUUUUCAAUUAAUUUCUUCUGCUUUCACCUCCAUGUCUCUGCUUUUAUAUGACUGCUCUAUAUAGCAUUUUUUGUAGAUUGUAAUGUUAGUUUUCUUCCUUUCUUUGUUUGAAAUAAUCAGAGUAAAUACAUUUCUUGUGGCACUACUAAUAUUUUCGUUUAUUGCAUUCCACCUGUGGCGUCUCACCUGAUCAUUAGACUACGGUAAAGCUGAUAUCACAUGACGUGUGUGUAUACACACGUGUACAUACAUACAUGCAUACAUACAGCAUGUCCCACAUCCAGAGGUAAGUUGUAAGUCUAAUCAUCGGGGAAUAUGUAAGUGAUUCCCAUUUCAAAUAAAGAUAUGAACAUAAAUGAGUUGUUUAUGGGUCAGUGACACGUAAAAACGUGAAAAAUGCAUAAAAACAUCUUUUCACCUGAUUGAUUAAAGGUGCAGUAAGAGAUUUCUGAGAAACGCUGCUGAAAGUGGAUCAGAGUGAGCACCACAACACACUUGUAGCCAAUCAGCAGUAGGGGGCGUAUCCACUCAUGAUGGGGAGGAGAGUGAGUGAGCAAGAGGGAGAUUUGAAGAAAGACUGUAGAAAGAGAGAUGGCUGAGAGACAUCACAAAAGGGGAAAAGCUCAGAUGAAUAUCACUGUAAAAACACAAAAGACGCUCUGCGUGUGGCUUCAUGGACUGCUGUUUGCCAAUGAUUAUUGCCGUUUGUUUUGUUACACGUGCUUCAGACACCGGUCACGCUGAUGGCGUUCCCCAUAGCCCCAAUUUUUCCAGCGUGGCACAAAAAAAAUGGGUUGAACGCAAAUGGAAAGCUUUAAUCUUGACCUUCAUUUAAUGUAAUCAUUUUAUGAAAGUAAAACUUAUAAUAUACGUGUCAUUUUUUUUUUACAUUUAUAUUACUAAGUGCUUGUUAUGAAUUACAAUCCUGUUAUCACAGGGCUCCAGUGACCAGAAUGGUGAAAUAGGCAAAACUUCUGGAAAAAAACUUGCUCAAGGGAAAAUUUAUGAUUGUGGACUAAAAGAUUUUUCUGUUUUAUUAUUAUUAUUAUUAUUAUUAUUACUAUCAUUUUGUGAACCUCACACAUGACGUUUUACCACUUUCAGGGAUAUUUUCUUAAAUAAUAAUUGCUCAUCAUGGCAAAAAUAUUCACAUGCAAAACAAGGCUGUGGAGUUUAUUAAUAUAUAGCAGUAUUUGUCAUUUGAAUCAUCAUAGGAAAUAUUUAAAUGUAGUAAAAACAUUGUCAAUUCCCAAUAUCAGGUUUUCAUUUCUAGAAACAUAAUGUGAAAUUCCUGAUAGAUGAUAAAAAGGUUGCAAAAGAAAUAAAGUGUCAUCAGUAACA